CUCAUUCUUCUCAGCGCGUUGGAUUGACCUCCACCCCUGCAAGAUGUCUUGCUAUGACCUGUGCUCCACCUCUGCCUGCGGCGUCCUCCGCCCCCAGCCUCUCGCUGACAGCUGCAAUGAGCCGUGUGUCCGUCAGUGCCCGGACUCCACCGCUGUGAUCCAGCCACCCCCAGUCGUCGUCACCCUCCCUGGCCCCAUCCUCAGCUCCUUCCCCCAGAAUGCAGUUGUGGGAUCUGCUGGAGCUCCCGUCCUUGGAGCUUCUGGGGCCUCACUUGGCUACGGGGGCUACGGCUCCCUGGGCUAUGGGGGUCUCAGUGGCUAUGGGGGUUCCUCCCUGGGCUAUGGGGGUGUGUAUGGCUUUGGGGGCUCCUCCCUGGGCUAUGGGGGUCUCAAUGGCUUUGGGGGCUCCUCCCUGGGCUAUGGGGGUCUGUGUGGCUAUGGGGGCUCCCUGGGUUACAGGGGUCUGUAUGGCUAUGGUGGAUCCUAUGGUUCUGGCUAUUGCAGCCCUUACUCCUACCGCUACAACAGGUACAGGCGUGGCAGCUGUGGACCCUGCUAAGUGCUGCAGGAAUAUCCCUUGACUAAAGAAUGAUGGGCAAAUACAUGAAACCUUGAUCCUCAGCUGAGCUCUGGAGUAAGAGGCAGAGCAUCAAAGACUUUCGCUUAAUACACAGGAGUCAGAAGAACUCCAUAAAUUAUACUUCUCAUUUCCUUUUUCAUUUGUUUCACCUCCUCUUCCUUGCCCCUGUGGGUGGCCAGAUGCACAACUCUGUUGUCAUCCCAGAGGACAUUUGCUUCUCCCUGAAAUUGCCACCUUCUGUGAGAAGCCUGAAGAAGAGCUCUCUUGAAGCCCACAGGGACAACCUGCCUGCAGUGUCUUUCCCCAGUGGCUGCUUUCCUGCCCUAAAAUAAAACAAUC